AGAAAAUUUCGCUUGCUCCUUCGUUGCUUUCUCUAACCUCAGCUCUCAGUCUCGCUGCCGUCGAGCUCGAUUUCUUCGGCGGUAAUGGAGGGGGUUGGGGCGCGGCUGGGGAGGUCGUCAACAAGGUAUGGGCCGGCGACGGUGUUCAGUGGGCCGGUGCGGAAGUGGAAGAAGAAGUGGGUUCCGCUCGCCUCCCCAGCCAGCGCCAACACCGCUAAUAAUAGCAGCAACGGCAAUGGCAACAAUAGCAACAAUCAUUCCCACCUUCUUGUCUAUAAAUGGGCUCCGAUCUCCUCCCAAUCCAACGGGUCCGCCUCCGCCGCCACCACGCCGGCCGCAGAUGAUACGCCCAAGCGGAAGGUUCGCUAUGUCCCGCACAUAAAUAUGCAGGUUUCUAUAGCUGAAGAACAAAAGCAGGAACCAACUUUGAAGAUGGAUGAUGAGAGUAAGACAAAUGAUGGCAAUCCGUCUCUGCAUUCAAGCCAGCCUGAUGGCUCUGAUAGCAAACCUGAUAUGAAUGAUGUUGCAAUGGAAGAUGUUCAGGCUUCAGAGAAGGAUCAGUCAUCCACUGAAGAGGUGAAGGAAACCAAUUUAGAUUUAAGUUUGGGUUUGAAAGCUCAUGAUGGUGAUCGUGGUAGUGGCACGAAAAUUGCUGAGCAAAGUGAUGGUAGUGGACGUGCAGAGAGAAUGAGCUCUGGGGAGGAUGUACAAAUGAGGCCUGCAACAAAUUCUGAGAGUGACAAUAGAUUGAAAAGGAAGGCUGCUGUGCCUGACCUUGAGAUGAGAGUGUAAGGUGAUGGUUGAAGGGUUAAAUAGCUUCUCAUGUACUUGUAUUCUUUGAUGUGCGCUGUAUGAUGGAGCAAGCUUUAUUUCCCCUCAUUCACAUAAGCGUGCGUGCAGCCAUGGAAGAUUUCAUUUUCUUGAUUUUAGAAACCAGGCUUACCAAAACUUGACUAACUUUGCUGUUUUAACAUGAUAUAUAUGAGCCAUUAAUGAUUUGUAGCAUUUCAUUAACUCCUAGUAAUCUUUACAUUGAUGUUAUUUUCACAACUCUAAUUAUGAUGUCUUCCGCUGAUAUUGUAUCUUAUGGAGCUUUUGACUGUUUUGACAAGUGAAAGUUGAAUGGAAAAUACCUUUCUUAGUUUGUUUACAUA